AUGGCUGCCAAACUAGAUCAGGAGCUCUCAUUCAUCAAAAGUGACUUUGUGAUUGGUCACGGCACAGGUGCAAAGGUUAACUACUCCAGUAAUGCAGAGAUGAAUUUUAAGAAACAGGAGGAAGUGUUGCGCAAGUUCAGAAAUGACAAGAAAAGACAUGAAUUCAAUGUGCUGGUAGCCACCUCUGUUGUUGAGGAGGGAUUAGAUAUUCCCAAGUGCAAUGUUGUCUGCAGGUUUGAUUUCCCACAGAAUUAUCGUUCCUAUGUACAGUCAAAGGGCAGAGCUCGUGCCAAAGGUUCCAAGUACUACAUGCUGGUGGAUGAAAAGGAGAAAGUGGAAAAAGAGAAUGAAUUGGAGGUACAUUUUUUAAUGUAAUAAAGUCAGUAAAAAUCCAUACCUAUCCUGUAUUUUGGUGAUUGUCAUUGAUAAUGUUUAGCAGAGGUUGUAGAGCACCAGACUGUGGUGUGGGAGGUUGAGGGUUCAAGCUCCAGACUGCAAACCAACACUCAGGGUCUUAGAAUAACUGAGAAGUGUGCUGCCUUUGCUAAGACAUCUGCAAAUAGUUAGACAUUCUAGUCAACUCGGAAAAGGAUAAUAAGCCGUAAGCCUCAUCUCCUCUGUAAUGAUUGGCAGGGGACAUUAAGGAAACCAUGCAUUUCUCCCAAAGAAUAGGGAAUGUAGAUGUCAGUCAUAGUCUGGCCUUUUAGAUUGUUUAUACAGGCUGCCAUUUAAACCAGCUUUAAGCUGGGCUGGGAAAGUUGGUUUGAAUAUUGCAAAUAAACACAUAUCAGUAACCUGAGUGAAUGACAGUAACAAAUGUAUACUCUUAGGAAGCUUUUUAAAAAUGACUUAUACCCUAGAUGUUGCGUGCAAUUGAGGAAAUCUUGUUGGAAAGAUGCCAUGAUCGGUUGGAGCCAUCAGUGGAGGAGUGUAAUGAAUCAGUAGACACAGAUUUCUUGCCGCCGUACAUACCGGUAAAUGGCAAGGGAGCUAGAGUAACUAUGAGCAGUAGUGUUUCUCUACUUUCAAAGUAAGUGCAAUGAAUUUAUUAACUUCCGAUUUUGAGGUAGUUUUAAAUUUAAGAUUAUGGGUUGAGUUGUUUAUUGUUGAGUAAUGUAAGUGUAAAAAAGGAAGAUGUGCCAUUUAUGGGUAACAAACUUGGGCUCCUCCUUGUGAAGGGGUGAUUUGUAUUUACCACAUGUAUUGCUGUAAAGCCAGCUGCUUGCUUCCCCACAAAACUCAAGAUCACUCAGUAGCAUCAAUAAACGGAUUAAUAAUCGACAGCUCUCCAUUGUUCUCAUUUUCUGGAGGCAACUGGUACAAUUUACUGCUUGUAUUACCUCUUAUUUUUCACCAAAAAUCACUUGAAAUUUGUGAAACUUCUGCAGGUAAAAGGAUAAGUCUACCAGUUUCAUGACUUUUUUUGUACCUGUUGAGUUCAAAUUAAGGGAUUACACUGCCUCUUUAAAAGCUCUUACACCACAUUAACAUAAAAGUUAUGCUCUUUUAAAUUUUAACUCAGGGUCUUAUAUUUAAUAUAGAGAAGAUUAAUUACUUAUUAUAAACUUUAUAAACCUAGAAUUAUAACAAUAUUUCUACUUUUGUCAUAUCAGGUACUGUUCAAAGCUUCCAGGAGACCGGUUUACUCGGCCCAAGCCAGUUUACAAGGUCAAAGAAAUUGGAAAAGAUGGUUACAAGUGUAAACUAACACUUCCAAGAAACUGUCCAAUACGUAAAGAUAUAAUAGUGAGUUUGGAGGACUUCUCUUUUUUUAAAUAAAGAAAUAAAAAACCUACCACAGAAAUAUGCUUAUUUUCACUGUCAUUCUCAUUGGCUAUUGAUAAUGUUUAUCUGUCUUCUGAUUGGUUAUUGGUACUCUGGUUUUGGUUUUGUGUCUCUCAAUUCAAAACUGCUCUCAUUCUUUGAACCAAGUUUCAAGGAAAAGCAUUGUAAUUUAGCACGAGAAUUGUUUGUUAGCUCUUGGGAAUUACCCCAGUAACUCCAAGGUCCUGCAAGCAAUUUUCCCUACUAACUGCCAUACAUUUCCUUGUAAAUUAGAGAGGAGAAUAUGGUUUUAUAUCAAGACAACACCUUAAAGGUGAUAAACUUAUAGGUUCUCAUAACCUGUUUGCAAUGCAAGAUAUUGGAAUUACAAGGAGAAAUUACAUGUAAAUCGCUCACAUCAGAAUCAUCUCUCUCUGCAUUUCAUCAGGGUGAACCAAUGCCAAGUAAGAGCCAAGCCAAGAUGGUCGCUGCGCUCAGAGCCUGUGAGCUGCUUCACAAGAUUGGUGAACUUGAUGAUGACCUGUUACCAAAGCAGACUUUAUCUGACGAGGAAAGUGAUUUGGAAGAAGAAGAAGCUGCAGCUGAGUCCGGCAGAAAGAAACCAAAAGCUGGAACAAAGAAGAGAAGACGACAGUAUAUGAGAAAGGUAAAUGGUUGAAUGUCACAAAUUUGGCCUGUGACUUACACUUACAUAUUAGACUGUUAACUUAUAUUUCAGUACAAUGUUACUCAAAAUGAACUGUCUAUGCAUAAAUUUGGUCAGUCAGCUAGAGGGUCUGCCUCUUCCUGAAUAAUUUUUAUUGGCCCCGUUCUCAUCAAAUUACAGUCAGUGUAAAACCAAGGUUAACGCAGACUGAGGGUAAAAUGCAGACUGAAGACUACAGACCAGGGUUAAAAUGCAGACUUGGUUCUUUAGUUGAAAUUUAUGAACAUUUCUGGUUUCUCUACAUCAUUAAACUUAAAAGGAACUUGAGACUUCUGUUUGCUAGGUUUUUUUCAAUUUAGGGAAGACUCUGCCAUUUUUCCAAUGAAUAAAAAUACAUCACAGCAAAAUUAAAUUUCCGAAGUAACCCUUGUAAGCCAACAAGAAGCCCAACAUAGGUAAAGUUGACCAUCAUAGCUGCAGAUUUACCUCAGGUUCAAACUGAAGUGAAACACCAAGCGGAAUAAGAGAGGCAAACAUCUGGGCCAGGUUGUUCAAAGCUAGGUUAAGAUAACCCAGGGUUAGCGUGAAAUCUGACCUCAAAUCUGAAAGCUUGAAAGGCAUACUCAGUAUAUUUAUUUUUGCCUACAAUUUGAUGCUUGGGUGUUCUAAAAAGAAUUGAAGAAAUUAUCUGAAAUUGGCCUUUGAAGAAGGGACUAAAGAAACCCAGAUUAAAACUCAGUAACCCCGGGUUAGCGCUAAUCGGCCUUCGAACAAUUGGGCGCUGGGGAUCUUGUUUGGAGGUUUUUUAUUAGAUCCUUAUCUCGCACCCACAAAUUUGCAUUAAAUUCAAAUAAUUUGCACGCCUAACUUCGCAACGCAAAACAAAGGUGCGAGAAAAAGGUUUUAAUUUUCCAAGUAAUCGAAACUGCCGAUGUGUGAUGAAAGUCUAUCGCUUCUACUUUCAAGGCCAAACAAAGUAUACAUGAGCUACAUGUAUGUUAAAGCUAUCUUACGUUGCUCAGUAGAAGUGUUUAUUCCUUAACAUGGGAAAUGUAUUAAGCUGGCUGUGAACUGCAUAUUCAAACACUUCAAUUUCUCGUUCUUACCUUAAAACAAAAUGUCAACGCCAAAACCAUCUGAGGAAAUCAAUCGCAGUGACAAUUAUUGCCAGGUUCUCACGACUUACGCGGCCUCGAACCAGCUCACUCUUGAAACUCUUUUCCGGGGAAGCGGGCGGUUUUUUCGAACCAAGUCUGCAUUUUACCCUGUUCUGCAGUCUUCAGUCUACAUUUAACCCUCAGUCUGCACUUUAACCCCGUUCUGUAGUCUGUAGUCUGUAGUCUGUAGUCUGCGUUUUACACUGACCGACCCAAUGGUAGCCAACCCAGUGAUCAAACGUCGGGCAUGCGUGAGGGGAUCAAUCCCGGCCGGUCAUGAGCUAAUUUCCCGCGCGAAAUUUGAAAGGAAAACAUAAGAAGCAACCGCAGUCUCGCAAAAUAAGUGACAGAAAAUUGAAAGAAAAAAUGAGAAAAGGAAAACUUGAGACUUUUCAAUCUCUAAGUUUAUUCAAGUACGGAUAUCCAGUGAAUUUACCAUUCUUUUUUUAGCUUUAAUAAAAAAAAGUUAUUCGCUUCUAAAACCCCGUGACUUAGUGACUUGGGGGGUGUUUGUAAUUCGAGUGAGACAACUUAGUUCUGACAGCCCUGAAAGCAUGGGACUUAGUCAUCACAACGUUCGCACAUGCGUAGACGUUUGACCUCUGUGUUGGUGCGGCCGAGGUAAGACCCAGUCCGCUUUUAUCGUAAAACAUUGUGUUAGUCCAUGCGCGGUGGGGUGGGCGGGGUCGGAAAAAGCUCUACGACGGUGCAUAUGGCCUCGCCAGGUGCGAGCUGAAAAAAGGAAGGAGGAAUGAAGGAGAGCGGCUAUCAUAUGAUGAAAUGCUUAUUGGUUGAUUUAAGCCGGGCCGCAGGGAAAAAUAUUUCUUUCUUGGUCAUGACAUACGCACGUUGCUGUGCUUGGUUCAUAACUACUUAGGACCGAGAGCAAAAUACUCUCCAAUUCGGCCCUCUCACUCAGCCAAUUAGCAUAUACUAUUGCAACCUCGUUCCCAGGGCCUUUUCCCUUAGUUAGGGGUGGAGUUGGGGGAGGGGAAAAGGCCCUGGGAACGAGGUUGAUACUAUGGCACCCUAUUGCACCCCAGAUUACCCCAAAGAUUUCGUAUGACUGAGUAUACAACUUAUUUUCUGUAGCGCUGUUGGCAGAGCGUUCGACCAUGAAACCCAUGCUCGAAUCCCAACGUUGAGCGCAAGUUUCUCCCUCGGUUCAUGCUCUUGACAAAAUAUUUACACCUUCUUUACCUGGCCCCGGUUGUUCUGAGGUUGGAUACCACUAUCCACCGGAUAAAACUCUAUCCGGUGGAUAACGCAGUAUGUUUUGCUAUCACUUAUCGGCUGGAUAGCGAUUUAUCCGUUGGAUAGCGUUAUCCGCCCUUGACACUACUUAGCCCUGAUGUUUUGUUCUUGCCCAGGUUCCUGAAGUAUUUGUCAGCAGCUUGGUACAGGAUGGUCAGCCCCAGUUCCUCACGACUAUCACCAUACAAGUCACUAAACUUACUCAGCCACAAGAAUUUGUCGUUAGUAAGCCACUGUUCCUCGAUAAAACUUGCACGUUUGGAAUGCUGACAACGAAAAGAGUUCCUUGGGUUAGUACUUUAUUAUUAAUAUUUCAUUUGUUGUCAGGUAACCGAAUUCUGUUGAGCAAUUGUCAAUCCAGUGUCGCUCUGUGAUUGGUCCAGAAAACUUGAACCUCUCUUUCAGCCAAUCAGCUGCAAAACUAAAACCAAUCACGACUUGAUCGCCUGCAUUUUCCCGCGCUUUAGGCAGUUUGGUUGUUUUACUUUGAAUUCUCACUAGCUACUAAAGGUCCCCAAUUAAAACAUAUACCACUUUUACCACACACACUAUCAAGGACCUCGCAGUUUAAAAUAGGAACGAUUCUUACUUUGUAGGACACUGAGAGUGCGUAGUAACAGGCAGUCAGUUUUUUUGACCUGUAAACCCUUGCAACAGUCGGCCCUUCGUAAAAUAACAGUUAUGAGGUUCUGUUCCUUAAACGAUAAGACUUGCUCCAAAUAUUGAUCUGAAUUAGGGUUUGACUGCAGAUGUUGCCCUACAUUUUACAAUGAAAUUUUUUCACUCUUCAGAUACGAUCGUUCAAACUGUAUCCUAACUAUGGCGAAGUCACAGUAUCCUUGCAGUGUCACAGAUCUCCUUUGCGUGUAAACAUCACUAAACAAGAGUUAAACAUUCUUCGCAAGUUUCAUCUCUUUCUCUUCAGUCACGUUCUAUGCUCUCCCGUGGAAUUCACACCAGGAAGUGUGGAUGGUUACUUCAUUGUUAUGUUGAAGGCUUCAGGAAGGAGUAUUGACUUUGAUUGCAUGAGAGAAGAGCUUUCGCGUGCACCCAGACAAAGCCGUGGAAAUCAGCCCAUCGUCGUAGACUCAGUGGUAAGAAAAAACUACGUUGAAUCUCCACAAAAGUACGCUGUUUUGAAUGUUCGUGGCGAUCUGACUCCGAUGUCUCCGUUCCCAGAAAAGUCGCAGGGCAACACUUAUGAAGAAUAUUUUCGCCUUAAAUACGGAGAAAGGGGAUGCAUUGCGAACAAGCAUCAACCUCUUGUUGAAGUGAAAGAGCUCUCCGCUAGAGUGAAUUUUCUUGUGGACCAAAAACGAGGAACAAAAAACAAGCGAGAUGUGAUUUGUCUUGUUCCAGAGUUGUGUGACGAUAUUCCCAUUCGCGCUUCCCUUCUCAGCGUGUCUCAGAUUCUACCAUCUAUUCUUCAGCGUGUCACCUCCCUCCUUCUCGUUGUCGAUCUCAAGGCCAUGGUUGCUGGUGUACGCAACACAACAGAUGAAUCAACCCUUCCUCCCAUUGGAGCUGAAGAGGGCUCAAGAGAAGCGCCCAUGAAGGCUGAAGACGAUACUUGGGACCCUGAAAAAGAUGAUGCGCUUUUCCCCGGCAUCAGGUCAAUGUUCCCUCACAGUCCACCAUCUGCUAACCACCCCGACUCCUUUCUCGUUCUUCAAGCUAUUACCACCACCCACAGCGGAGAUGCAUUUAAUCUGGAGAGGCUGGAGAUGCUGGGAGACUCAUUUCUGAAGCUGGCCGUGUCUAUUCAUCUCUUCUGCGCAUACAGCGAUAAAGACGAAGGCAAGCUGACCCGACGUAGGACAAACCAGAUUAGUAAUUUAGCGUUGUACCGAGCAGCGGCUAAGAAAUCUCUGGGCGAGUAUCUCCAGAACACGCAGUUGGCUCGCGAAGUUUGGUGUCCUAUGGGAUGUCAGUUUGGCGACAUACCACCGAAUCGCACCACAGGUAGUCCACCCAUGGAAGUUGACAGCUGGGACACGGUCGAGGCGAUGGAAGUUGACGAGACCUCAGAGAGUGGAAAGAAGACAAAACUUACUGCUACAGAGCAUGCGCGCCAGAAAUGCAACACUCAAAUGAUAGCGGACAAGUCCAUAGCUGACAGCAUCGAAGGACUUAUCGGAGCGUAUCUAAUAUCCUGUGGUUAUCUUGGCGCGUUGCGAUUUAUGAAGUUUCUGGGGCUAAAAGUUUUACCUGAAGUUGACGUCAACGUCGACAUUGAUCCGCGGGCGGAGAAUAGUAAAUCGGGUUGCUAUGCUAGAUUUUGGCCGGAUCAGACAAAAAUGACAGCAGCGCAAGAUAAAGGAGAUAUGGUUUUCCGCCUCACUUCUGGCCUGGAAAACUUUGAAAACGAAUCAAUCUCGUACAAUUUCCAGCACAAGUUGUAUUUGGUAGAAGCGCUAACCCACGCGUCCUACCACGAAAACCGUGUCACGCCAAGUUACGAAAGACUCGAGUUCCUCGGCGAUGCUCUGUUGGACUUUUUGGUCACGCAACAUUUAUACUUCCGUCACGUCAACUUGUCACCAGGGGAACUGACCGAUAUACGACAGGCCUUGGUGAACAAUAACAUCUUUGCCACCCUUGCCGUAAAACACAGCUACCACAAGUAUCUGAAGCAUAUGUCUCCAAAGUGGUUCCAAACGGUGAAGAACUUUGUUGACAGAGUAGAAGAUGAGGCAGAAGAGAGGAAAGACAAUGGCCUUCAAACGGUAGGGUGAACUUUAUUCUUUAAUCCUUUACUUCAGUUUUCUUAUUCUCCAUUCUGUCCUCCUUACAUUUCCUAAGGUGCUGACAAGGAGAAUUUGUUGAACAAUCAAGAGCUUCUUUAGUUGGUGAUGGAGACGUUUCCUUUAUUCUCGUGACCUUAGCAUGUGAUUCAGGGCUGAUAUCGUAAGGAGAAAUUAGGUGCUAAUUACUCUCAUGGGCCAGAGGGUUAAUGAAUAUUUUCUCCAGUUGAUUUAUAAGGUAUGUUUCUUUGUUAACAAUUAUUUGGCAGGUCACCGCUGACCCAUUUAUUAUCGUGUCUGAAGAAGAAGAAGGAAUCGAGGCGCCUAAAGUUCUUGGUGACAUCUUUGAAUCAGUAGCAGGCGCGAUAUUUUUGGACAGUGGUAUGGAUUUGACUAAAACCUGGGGUGUGUACUACCGCAUGAUGAAACCCUACAUCGGUAAGUUGGCUAUCGCACCCACGAGGGUGGAUCAACCUCCCAUCCUUAAAAGCCUUAUCAGCAGAGAGCUCCGAAGUUUUUUUCGCAAUAAGCAAGGAAAGGAGUGAGAAUGAGUCAGAGAAAGUAUAUUCAGCAUGGAGUUUAAGAAUUCAACCCUAGCUAUCAACUCCAAAGUGUAAAGGAAGGCACUUGAAUAACGAACCUAGAGGAAAGCACUAGAAAUAUUCAUUGAUAUGAUUUUUCUAUUCAGAUCAUUACUCAGUGAACAUACCGCGAAAUCCCAUCAGACUUGUCUACGAGGAAGACGAGAAGGCUGACUUUGGGUGAGUGUACAGUUCAGUACAGUUAUGCCGGGUUGGUUGACUCUCCCUGCAUACGUCUCAGACUAACUGCCCUAAAGGUGAAAACAAUUUUAGAGGGUAAUGGACUGCAUUUUUUCCAAAAACGAUAUUUAUGAACUGUGGAAGCAGUCUUUAAAAAAAAUUGUUCAUUAAAGUGUGGCAGAGUUCGGGAGACCUUUCCAAAAACAUGGGCAAAAAUAGUGUGGCGCAACAUGAAAUUUUCAACAUUAUAUCUCGAGAUAGGGAGAUAUUGAGAAAGAUUACACAGAAUUUCGGCAGUGGCUCGGUUUUAUUUACCAAAUUGCAUGAUCUUACUCUUACAAAAAAGUUCACUUGUCCGCUCAUAAUCUGUACACCAGUCAGUAAAGUAUUGAAAAGGGCGAAUGACAACACGCGCAUGAGAGUGGCCGCAUAAGGUUUACGUAACGCCAAGCGUUACUUGCUUUUUCAGGCGCGUCUUCUGGCGUGCGUUACUUUCAUCUCGCGCGUAUAACGAGUCAAAGAGGCCUUGUUUGCCAGUCGGCUAUCAAACAAUGAGUUCUUGAUCACGAAUUUUCAUGUUUUUUGUUUUGCUUUGUUUUCUCUAGGAAAGCGGAGACCCUUGAUGAUGGAAAGAUUCAGCUUACUCUGAGAGUGUACUGGGGAGAGUACACUGGAAAAGGACCGAAUAAGAAGAUUGCUAAAGCUACAGCCGCCAAGCUUGCUAUUGAAGGACUGGAAAAGAAAUCUUCAGAAGAGAACGCUGCGGUAUAU